UGGCGUGAGCGCAGACUCGCCCUGCGGCGGGUGAGGGAGAGACGCUGGCAGGCCCAGAGCUGGCGUGAGCGCAGGCUCGCCCUGCGGCGGGUGAGGGAGAGACGCUGGCAGGCCCAGAGCUGGCGUGAGCGCAGACUCGCCCUGUGGCGGGCGGGGAAGCAGUGGAGAAAGAGAGGACAGAGUUUGAUUUGCUGAUGUUUGCUAUGUUGGCCACCACAGGGACAGCGGUGAAGGGAGACAUGGAUCUCUCUGUUUUGCCAAAUAACAACCAUCCUGACAAAUUCCUGCAGCUUGACGUGAAGUCUUUAAUGAGUUCAGCUCUCCUUCAGGCCAGCCUGGCGCAGUUUCCGGGUGGAAAUUAUCCGGCUGCACAACACUGGCAAAACCUCGUCUACUCACAGAGAGAAAAGAAGAACACUGCUGCUCAGCGGCCCAGGGGGUCCGGUGCAGAGUGCCUUGCCGCGGCGGGCAGCCCCCCAUCAUCCGCAUUGUCAGUGACCAAGAACAACCCACUCUAUGGCGACGUGAGUCUGGAGGAAGCUAUGGAGGAGAGAAAAAAGAGCCCCUCGUGGACCAUUGAGGACUAUGAUAAACGUUCCCUGCACACCAACCUCUCUGGGCACCUAAAGGAAAAUCCUAAUGACCUACGGUUUUGGUUGGGAGACAUGUACACGCCGGGUUUUGACACUUUAUUGAAAAAGGAAAAGAAACAGGAGAAGCAAUCAAAAUUAUGUCGUCUGGGUCUGAUCUUCUUUGUCCUUACCUCCAUCGUGGUUACCAUAGUGACUAUUAGCACUCUUUUCACCUAAGGAAAUUGCCACACACAGAGCUACAUGGAAUUUCUUAAAAAUCUUUCUAGACAAACAUUUGUUUAGAAAACAUUGUUGACAAACAUUUGUUUAGAAAAACGUGCACCUGCACUGUGAAGGCAUUGUUGAUUGUACCAUUCAAUGUAGUUUCCUGUAGGAUGUGAGCGUUGCUUGUGAUAUGCGGGCUCCCUGCUUUGCUCUAUGAAAACUGUGUGAGAAUUCCAGCCUGACCUGUGUCCCUCAGACAGCAGGAAUUCUGGGGAUGGCAGUCACAGAGAAGUCACCCUAUACAACCCAAAUUAAAUAUCGUGAUAGAGAGUAAAAGAGUGUCCACAAUUGUUA